CAAGUAUUCCGUUAUAUCCAGCAUGGAAGAUUUGGAGCAACGUUUGUGAUCAAACACACUCGCUGACUUGCUUUCUCACUUGAAAGAAGUUGAAUGGAGAGCAGGGAUGACCUGAAGUCCAUCCUCCCAUACUUGCCGCUGCUUCUCCGAUCGUCAUCACUCUUCUGGCCACCUCCCGUCGUCGAGGCCCUCAAGGAGCUCUCGCGGGGCCCGCGUCACAGCAACGUUGACACCGGAGAAGUUCUAUUCAUUGCAAUCUCCGACAUCCGCAGCUCCCUCUGCCUUUCAGAGUCCUCCCUUGCAGAAUCCACUGCCGACGGCUACUCCAUCUUCUUCGACGACGUAAGCUAAUCAAUUGUUUCAUUCAUCUAUUUUCAACGCAAGUCCCGUGUUAAUUCCAUGAAAAGUACCCACGAUUGGGUUGUUGAACAGUUGAUUUCUCGCGACGAAGCGUCGAAAUGGUUCGAAGAUGUAGUGCCGGGGUUGGCUAGUUUGCUUUUGAGAUUUCCUUCGUUGUUGGAGGACCACUAUGAGAAAGCUGACGGAGGGGUUGUCAGGGGAGUCCAUACCGGGCUGCGUUUACUGGAAUCACAAGAGCCUGGAGUUGUGCUUCUUAGUCAGGAACUGGUGGGUGCUCUCAUUGCUUGUUCCUUCUUUUGUUUGUUUCCAACAAGAUAUAGAGGUGCCAAACAUCUUCCCAGGAUCAACUUUGAUCACUUGUUUGCGAAUCUAUAUGAUACUUAUGAUGAGAAACUUGAACAUAAAUUGAAGUGCAUAGUUCAUUAUUUUGGAAGGAUAUGUUCAUCUACACCGAUGAACAAUGUGUCUUUUGAGAGAAAAUUUCUUCCUGGAGAACAUGAUUGUAGGUUUUGGAGCGAAUCCUAUGUCUCAUUAUGCCCCUUUGAGGUUUUCAAAUCUGGAUUUAUAGAAGAUCAAUCCAGGGAGGCUCUUGAAGUGGAUUUUGCAAAUAAGUAUAUAGGAGGUGGUGCUCUUAGUAGAGGUUGUGUCCAGGAAGAAAUUCGAUUCAUGAUAAAUCCAGAACUAAUCGCUGCUUUGCUUUUCUUGCCUGCAAUGGAAGAUAACGAGUCGAUAGAAAUUAUUGGCACUGAAAGAUUUUUGAACUAUACAGGAUAUGCUUCUUCUUUUCGGUUUUGUGGCGAUUAUGUAGAUGAGAAGGGCAUUGAUCAUCUUGGAAGGCGUAAGACGAGGGUGGUUGCCAUAGAUGCACUGCAUAGUCCUGGGAAGAGACAAUAUACUCUUGAAUGUCUUCUCCGGGAGAUCAACAAGGCAUUCUGUGGCUUUUCUGAUCAAGCAAAUCACCAUCAUCAACAAUUCUCUCAAGCCAGCUCACCCCGUGAAUGCUGGAGGAAUAAUGGUGAUCAAGAGGACUUGUGUGGAAUUUUGACAGAUAACCUCUCUCGUGUUGAACACCCUUCAUCUUCAGUUCAAGCAAUGGAAGGAAGUUGUGACAACUUGCUGCGUAAUACAAGACACAUGAAUGAAAAUUGUGAGCUCCCAGAAACUCGACUUGAAAUUGGAAUUGCAACUGGGAAUUGGGGUUGCGGUGCGUUUCACGGGAACCCUGAAUUGAAAGCAAUGUUGCAAUGGAUUGCUGCGUCUCAGGCAAUGAGACCUUUUAUCUCAUAUUACACCUUUGAUUUGGAAGCGUUGAAUUUGCUAGAUCAGGUGGUGCAAUGGAUCAUAUCCCAUGAAUGGACCGUGGGGGAUCUAUGGGAUAUGGUAGUGGAUUAUUCGUCUCAGAGAUUAAGGGGAGAGACUCAUCUUGGUUUCUUUAAUUGGCUCCUUCCCUCAUUGCACCACUCGUCUGAAUCAUCUGCAAUGUUGGACGACUCUUGUCCUUGAUCUCCAUUUUUCUAUAUAGCAGUUUUCGUUACGCGAAAUAGCAGAAUAUUUUCCUAGAAUCCCCAAUAUCUGUUUUAUAUCUUCUAGUUGAAAAUGUUCUAUAUUUCAUAUUGUACCCUUUGCUUCACUUUCACUUACUCAGUAUCUGUAAUUCUGUAUCCACUUUUGCCAGUUGCCUGUUUCUUUGUUGCAUUGAUACUUUACAGGACAUUUUGUUUCCGUUGAGGUCGGCCUAGUAUGAGCUCGGCCUAGUAUGACCCCUAGUAUGAGCUCUGCCUAGUAUGACCUCGGCCUAGUAUGAGGUCGGUUUAGUAUGACCCCUAGUAUGUUUCUAAAUGUCUCGCAUUACAAGUAAUA